UGUAACCAUGGCAACUGGCAAGCUAGGAGUCAAAGCAGUUGUUUGAUCCCCAGCAGAUUCCGUAAGGAUCAACCCACCCUUCCUCUCUGUAUUCUAAUCUGCUCCUCAGUUUAGAUUGUGUUCUCUUUAUAGCCGUAGCUUGUGCGUCGAUGCUGCUUUAUGUUACCUUACUCUUAUGUGAAUUGCGGACAACAGAAUUACAGCAACGUCGUGGGAUUACUAAGGAUCAGGGCUAUGUUUUUUAUGCUAAUAUUAUUAGAGUUGUAUGAUUUUCCUUGGCAGUGUUCACAGGUUAGGAAUUUUACAUUUGUAUGAACAGCUCUUUUCAACAACUGCAAAGGGACAUAGGACUUUGGAAGAAGCUUCUUUGUAUAUUAAGUUGGAAGCAAACAACCUGAGCUAACUAUUCUUCCCUCUAAUGGAUCAUUUUCCAGACUGAAUGCGCUUUAUAAAUUAGUAACUAUCUUAAGCCACAUGUUUCAUUUGUUCCGGUACUGUCAGAUGGGCAUUCGGAAAGAUGUCAGUGUGCAAGAAGCAGUCUGUUAUGACUGUGACUGAUAAGGAGAGAGGGGAAGUCAUUGCAGAGCCACUUCAACAUUCAAGAAAAAAUGGUUGGAGUUGGCCCCUGCACCUGCUGCAGCUUGUUGCCUGGUGCACCUUUCUUUUCUUUGCUAUCAUUGGAUUUGGAAUCUUGGUCCCUCUUUUGCCACAGCAUUGGCUGGCAGCCGGUUACAUUUGUACUGGAGUAAUGUUUACUUUCCACUGUGUUGUCCACUUUCUGGCUGUUACCAUUGAUCCUGCUGAUGACAAUGUGCAGGCUAAGGGCUCUCAUGGCCCUCUACCAGUGUUUGAUCACAACAAGCAUGCUCAUGUUAUUGAAAACAUGCAUUGUUAUAUCUGUGAGGUGGAUGUGGGUCCCAAGUCAAAGCACUGCAGUAUAUGCAAUAAAUGCGUCAGUAAUUUUGAUCACCACUGCAAAUGGCUGAAUAACUGCGUGGGAGAAAAAAACUACUGGCUGUUUUUCAAUUGCCUGAUUUCUGCAUUCUUGGGUACAUUUCUGCUCAGUACAAUAUCAACAUAUGUGUUUGUUGAAUACUUUGUUGAUCCAGCAAUGUUGAGAACCAGCCAGCAGUUUGAAGCAAUACAAAACCUCUCGGACGUCUGGUUCGUUUUCCUUCCCUCUGCCCCAGUGGAGACAAAAGCCCCUGCAAUACUUGCCUUAGCAGCAAUUGUGUCUGUCAUGGGUCUCAUCACAAUAUUGCUGAUUGGACAACUGCUUUGCUUUCAUGUCUACCUUUUGUGGAACAAACUCAGCACUUAUGAGUAUAUAAUGCACCAGCGUCAGAAGCAAGAAAUGAAAUCAAACAGUCGGCAUAAUGAAGACGGCGAGAAGUCUUUGGCAGGCCAUCCUCCGUUGCAGGAGGAGAGCUUUGGAGGAAGUCUUAUUUAUACAAACCCAGAUGUUCAGAUAGAGGGUCCUUCAUCCAGGUCAUUAAAGAGAGAUUGCCCUAUGCUAGCCAGUCAUGACGAUAAUGCAGAUGAUUCAAACACACGCCCUUCAUUAAGUGUGGAGAAGAAGCCAAGAAAGAAGAAGAAAAAGAAAAGAAAAAAAUCUAAUAGAGUUACGCCAGAAGCUCCCAAAUGCCAUUUUGUGGAUGGACAUAGUCCCCGUGUGCUUCUACCACCACCCCAUGCAGAUCAUCUUGUUUCUUCUACACCUUCCACUUUGGCUGUACCAAUGCCUGCUUUUUCAUCCCGUUUAUUACCUGUUUUGGCUCCCAUCAAUGGCCAUCUGAUCCAAGCUGCUGGUCCACCUGCGGAAUACCACUCCGACUCUGCAGAGUCAAUGGAGGAAAUCCCCGUGGCCCAGACUCAUCUUGGGAGCUCUUCCAUGAGUGAAAAUCUCUUUUACAGCCAGCAAAAUCCCAAAGGGUUGGGUGUUAAAUUUGAGCAGAGACAGAGUUACGUGUUGCCACAUACUAUGCACCAGAAGUUUGAACUCCGUCCUAAAGUUCCCUCAAUUUUUGUCAGUGAGAGUAGUGGAGCACCUUUGGCCAAUGGACUUCAGGCAGAAUCAAAAAUGCAGAACAAUCAUUCUGUGUUGUACAACAAAAUGUGGGUGGCAAAGGGUAAAGAAGGGGAGCAGGUUCUCUCCAUGGCUAAUGCAGAAUAUUUAACUAUUAGUAAUGGAAAUGCAUUAGCCUAAUAAUUCUUUUUUUUUAAUUAAAACAUAAUUUAACAUAUACUUUAUUCUUAAUAAAAUACUUUUUGUACUGAA